AACAAGAACUGUCCAAAACUAAUGCCAGCCUGGAAAUAUCUUGACCCACGUGGCACUUCUCAAACAUUCAACACCUCCACUUCUUCCACGUCAGCAACCCCAGCACCCACUCAAUAUCUUUCUCCUCUAACAUCGGCAUUGCGUCUUUACCGUACCUUCAGAUUGUUAUGAUGAUGCAAUGCAAAUAUUAAUGUUUGUAUAAUGACUUGAUAAUGGCGAUUAGUGAUACUUCUGAGUUGUGUGAACGAUUUAGCAUAAAGAAAGCGACGCAACUUUUCUGGUUCUGGAUGUUCAUGUUCAAGGAAAGAUCUCUCGUGUGUUUACGGUUACAACUCUAACGACUCUUCUUUGCAUGCAUAACCGUUUCCGAUUUUCAUGCAUAUCUAGUGACUUGCAGUUGCAUUUGGGUUGAGGUUUCUGAAGAUUGUAGCAUGUGUGGUUUCGAUUUGGAUGAGGACGGGUUAUAAUUAUCGUGAGCUUGGGCAUUUUGGAUGACUAGGGGUAUCCGGAUGAGUGUUGAUGGUGACAGUAAUGAACUUACUCAGCGUUUGCAAGAUGGGAAAAACAACUUAAAAGAAGGAGUUGAUGGUAAGGAACACGGUUUACACGAGGGUGAUGAAGUGAAGUGUAAUGGAGUAGCUGAAGGAGUUAAGGUUGGAGAAGGAGGGAAUGGGGAAUCCUCUUCUGUUCAACAGCAAGUACUGCAACAACAGCCUCAAGGGGCAAUUAUUUGUUGGGAGAGGUUUUUACAUAUUAGAUCUCUUAAGGUCUUGCUUGUGGAGUAUGAUGACUGUACACGUCAUAUUGUCACUGCACUGCUUCGCAAUUGUAGUUAUGAAGUUAUUGUAGCAGCAAAUGGAUUGCAAGCUUGGAAGAUUUUGGAGGAUUUAACCAAUCAUAUUGAUCUUGUUUUAACUGAGGUAGCAAUGCCAGGCUUGUCAGGCAUUGCUCUUCUAUACAAGAUUAUGGGCCACAACACACGGAAAAAUGUUCCAGUAAUUAUGAUGUCAGCUCAUGACUCUAUGGGUUUAGUCUUUAAGUGUUUGUCAAAGGGUGCUGUCGACUUUCUAGUUAAACCCAUACGGAAGAAUGAGCUUAAAAACCUAUGGCAGCACGUUUGGAGGAGAUGUCAUAGUUCUAGUGGGAGUGGCAGUGAAAGCGGCACACAAACCCAAAAAUCUGUGAAAUUAAAGAGUCUCGAGAAGUUUGAUAACAAUUCUGGAAGCAAUGACGAGGAAGAUAAUGGAAGUACAGGUUUGAAUAACGGGGAUGGAAGUGACAAUGGUAGUGGCACUCAGAGCUCCUGGACCAAACAAGCUGUAGAAGUUGACAGUCCUAAACCAGUCUCUCAGUGGGAUCAGAUAGCUGAGGGUCCAGAAAGCACUUGUGCUCAAGUUAUUCACUCCAAUGCUGAAGUUUGUAGGAACAAGAUGGUUCCUCCAGUUAUAAAGGAGUGUCCAGAACAAAAAGAACAAAUAGUCAAAACUGCAGGUUCAAAACAUAUCAGCACACUUGAUGUGGGUCCCUCUACAUUCAAUGAGCAAAUUAAUAGAGGACAACUGGACCUUAAUUGUGAAAAUCAAUCUGGCAAACUAAGGUGCAAAGGGCUUUCAUUAUCUGAUGCUGUGACUAGCACUUCUGAUUCUCAAAUGAGAAGCGGAGAAAUUGAACCCCUAAAUAGAAGAUCCAAGUCCUCAGAUAUUGAAAAUAAAGGUACUAAUAAUGUUGAAGAGCUGCUAUCUCUUGAGCUCAGUUUAAAGAGGCUUAGAGGAGUUGAAGAAGCUGUUACUACAGUUCAGGAUGAACGAAAUGUUUUAAGACAUUCUGAUCUGUCUGCUUUCUCAAGGUACAAUGCGGCCUUUAAUGGUAAGAAGUCUCCCACCGGAUGUGUCGGAAGCAACUCUCCGCAAAAUAACAGCUUAGAAGUUACAAAGAAAAAUUCAUCUUGUGACGAUCAAUCUCAUUCUAGUGGCAACCCUCCUAACCAGAACUCAAAUGAUGCUAGCAAUAACAAUGAUAUGGGCUCUACUACUAAUAAUGCUUUUAUUAAAUCUGCAGUUAUAAGUGAGCCAGCAGUGGUAUCAACAACCAAAUUUUUGUGCCAAACAUCUGCUUUCCAGCUCAUAAAGAACAGUCUCACGUGUACCUCUCAACAAGAUGUCUUACAUAAUACUGAAGAUAUGACAACAACAAUGCUGGCACCACCUAAAGUUGACACUCAUAAGGAUUCUGCAACUCAGGACUUUGAAGAUAUGACAACAACAAUGCUGGCACCACCUAAACUUGACACUCAUAAGGAUUCUGCAACUCAGGAUUUUCAUCGCCAUUAUGAAAACCAUAACUAUAUUGCUAACAUGCAGCAUCAAUUGCCACCUGAGCAUGAUGCUGAAUCUUUAAAGAAAAUGACUUCCGUUGCUCCACACUUUGGGUCAUCAAAUGUGGUUGAAGUACUAGUUGAAGGUAAUAUGGGAAAUUACAGUAUCAAUAGAAGUGCUUCAGGCAGCAACAAUGGAAGCAAUGGACAAAAUGGGAGCAGUAAUGCAAUUAAUGCUGCAGGGACAAACAUAGAAAGCAACAAUGGACUCACUGGGAAUAGUGGCAGUGGUGAUGCUAGUGGGAGUGGAAGUGCCAACAGAGUAGAUCAAAACAAGAAUUCUCAAAGGGAAGCAGCCCUGGCUAAAUUUCGCCAAAAAAGAAAGGAGAGAGAAGAAAGGUGUUUUCAUAAAAAGGUUCGAUAUCAGAGUAGAAAGAAAUUAGCUGAACAACGACCGCGAUUUCGUGGGCAAUUUGUGCGACAGUCCUCAAACGAUAAUGCAAGUGAGGCGACAGAUAGUUGACUCAGAGCUUUUGACACAAUAGCGUAAUAGUGAGAUAUACGGAUAAGGAAAGGUCCAGAUGCCUUCAUGUGGAAUUUGGGAAUUGUUCUCUCUCCGUGUAAAUGCGUAAUGGACUCCAGUUAUUCCAACUUGUUCAAUUGGUAUCCAAAUGAAUGCGUUGUGACAACUAUUGUUAUGUUGAUUGUGUUAUAUAACUUACAUCUCGUGGCUAUAAUAUCUAUAACUUUUUUCAUGA